CCAGGCACCUACGUCCUUGUUUGCCAAUCCAUGAGAUGUGCGCACUCUACUCCAUACCCUUCUCGAUUGUGUGCCUGACCAGCUCAACCAACCCGACAUGUCGUUGAGAGCUAAAGUCCGUCACUCACACCUAGCUCUGCCGCAUCACACCUUAGAAAACAGUGUUGCGAUAAAACAAAAAAAUGAAGACCGUGCAACAGUUCUUAGUGCGGACUCAGACCACGACGAAGAGGCGCACCACCGCCACAAACGACACGACUUGCUCCUACUUAAGCACCCAUCGCAUUUCGCGAGCACGGUGUCCAACGCCAAGGAGGACCGGGUGCGCAAAACGCACGUUAUUGAGGAGGGGCACACGUCGAAUACCGGAGAUGCUGAUGGGACCGGAACAAAUCAGGGCGGUAAGCUGGCUGAAAUCGAAUCUGUCGAAAAGACUACCGUCGGUUCGGAGCAAGCAGGAGGCCUGCAAGAUCUACCAGACAGUCGAGACAACGUUCCUGGCGAGCGUGUAGUUGAAAAAGAGAGAAUGCGAAAAACGAGUGCGACCACUCCGUCCAAUAAUCCAAAGCGAAAACACCGGUCGGCAUCUCCAUCGCCGCCGCGGCCGGUGACACUAAAAGUCGGAGUGGACGAGGAGGAUUUUAAGCGGCACCUCCUCGACGGCACAACGAGCGAGGGUGAGGAACCGAGCAACAGCGAAGGAGUACACAAGAACAGUGGAGCUCACAGAGCGCGGCCGGUUGAAACGGACAUGACAAACAAUAAAAAAAGCGAGUCUCAACACUCUCCGUCAUCUUCGCCAGAGUUAACCCAGAGAAAGGUCAUCAACGUCCAAGUGCUGCAGCACGGAGACGUCACGAGCGUGGGGACAAAAUCCAUGCAGAAAGUGGUAGCGAAGAGACAGUUGGUACAGAAAACGCAAUUGGUACAGCAAGAUGGCCAGCAGCCGGUGAAAAUCUCGUUGCAUGUGAAGCACCCGCGGAAUGAGAAGCAGGGCUACGAACUAGCCAACUGGGUGGCCUCGUCAGAAAAGGUGACCAACGUGCCAAUCGUGCGGAAGAGCGUCAUACUACAGCGACCGGAAGCACUGUUCGACAGUGUCAUAGCACAUGAUCCAGAUUUUUGGCAAAGAGAGACGCCGAUUUCGCAAGCAGGUCUCGGAGGUAAUAAUCUGUAUGUCAACAUGAACCCGGAGAAGUUUUUACCCAAACCCUUAUCACCGAGGGUCGAAACUCACGAGGACGCGCCUCCUUUGCCGCCGAUUUUGCGCUGAUUUUUCACGUGAAAAAAAACGGUGCGCAAAGUGAAAGUGGUGUGAAGAACUGGCAAGAUCAUUAACUGUAAGUCGAUUCGCCCAUAGUUUUGAGCACAGCUGUCGCGUAAUAUAACACAAGCAAGC